AUGUCUUCCCUUCAUUUCACUAAUAAGAUUCUCAAAAGUGUACCAGUUGAAGAAGAUGUUAUAUCCGCUGAUCCUAAUGCACAAUGGCAAUGGUAUAGUGAUAAAGGAUGGUUAAAUUAUGAAGAUAAACAAAAUAAAUUAAUUGAGGAAUCUUAUGCUAAACAUCUUAAAGUUAUAGAAAUAGACGAAGAACGGUUUGUUGACUUCGCCACUAUGAAACAACGAAGAAUUGAUAACCCUUCAAAGUGUAGAAGAAUACAACGAAUUUCAACUAACACUAAACCCAAAUCAUCGCUCAGUGUUCCUUUAAAUAAAAAAAUGUCUUCAGUACAUUCUCCUAAACCUAUUUCCUUGUCUAACACAGUAACUCAAAAAAAAUAUACAACUCCCAGAGACACUAGUCCUCAACAACCUAUAACUAAUGUUAUUACUAAACAAAAUUUUUUACAUUGUAUUAGUAUUCCUAAAGCCUCAACGCCUGUUGCUCCUGUUGUAAACAAACCAUCGUUCAUAACCAAAUAA